AAAGUGUUGAACGUUUGUCUACAUAUUCUCUUACCACGUUCAAGUAGUGUCUGUCUCCGAUCAAUAUCUUCAAUCUACCUCCGCCGUCUUUUUCAUGGCGUUUGCUCCAAUUCUCCGCCGCGUCUCCGCCGCAAAAAACCUCUUUUCUCUAUCUCGACUCUCCCUUGCCUCUUCUCCCUCCGUUAGAUCUCUACAAACCGGAGCCUCCGGCGGAGAUGAUCGUCAACCCCCUCCGCCGUCCUCCAUCGCCGGAUAUCACGUGAGCUCCGGCGGAUACAUGCGCGGAGCCGUGUUUCGCGAGCCGAAUCAGCCUCUAACCAUCGAAGAAUUUCACAUUCCAAGACCAAAAGUGAAUGAGAUUCUCAUCAAAACCAAAGCUUGUGGAGUAUGCCACUCUGAUCUACAUGUGUUGAAAGGAGAGAUACCAUUCUCUAGUCCUUGUGUUAUUGGUCAUGAGAUCACUGGUGAAGUUGUUGAACAUGGUCCUCUUACUGAUCACAAGAUCAUCAAUAGAUUUCCAAUUGGUUCUCGUGUUGUUGGAGCUUUCAUUAUGCCCUGUGGAACCUGUUCUUAUUGUGCUAAGGGUCAUGAUGAUCUAUGUGAAGACUUCUUUGCUUUUAACAGAGCCAAAGGAACUCUUUACGAUGGAGAAACUCGUCUGUUUUUGCGUCAUGAUGAUUCACCAGUGUAUAUGUACAGUAUGGGAGGGAUGGCUGAGUACUGUGUCACACCAGCACACGGUUUAGCUCCUCUCCCAGAGUCUCUGCCUUACACUGAAUCUGCCAUUCUAGGGUGUGCUGUUUUUACUGCCUAUGGUGCUAUGGCUCAUGCUGCUGAGAUCCGUCCUGGAGAUUCCAUUGCUGUUAUUGGAAUUGGUGGUGUUGGCUCAAGUUGUUUGCAGAUAGCUAGAGCUUUUGGAGCAUCUGAUAUAAUAGCUGUGGAUGUUCAGGAUGAUAAAUUAGAGAAGGCUAAGACUCUUGGUGCUACUCAUGUUGUCAAUGCUGCUAAAGAAGAUGCUGUUGAUAGGAUAAGGGAAAUAACUGGUGGGAUGGGUGUUGAUGUUGCUGUGGAAGCCUUGGGAAAGCCUCAGACAUUCAUGCAGUGCACAUUAAGUGUGAAAGAUGGUGGUAAAGCUGUGAUGAUUGGACUCUCACAAGCUGGUUCCGUUGGAGAAAUAGACAUUAACAGACUUGUUCGUAGGAAGAUAAAAGUGAUAGGGUCAUAUGGAGGAAGAGCAAGGCAGGAUCUACCUAAAGUAGUGAAACUGGCAGAGUCAGGGAUCUUCAAUCUGACAAACGCAGUUUCAAGUAAGUACAAGUUUGAAGAUGCAGAGAAAGCGUUUCAAGAUCUCAACCAAGGGAAAAUUGUGAGCCGUGGUGUUGUUGAGAUACUAUAAACCUAAAAAAGCUCUGAUUCACUGAGGUCUAGUUGCUACAAGCUUCAGACGAGCUCGUUGUUGUUUGAUUUUUAGAAGCUUGCUUAAGUCUGCUUCUAUGUCCAUAGCAAUGUCUUUAUGAACCUUGUUCACUGAGAAUAAAACAAAAGGUCAAUAAUGUGUGUUCUUUCUUAUAUUUUAUUUCAAUUAGUUUCAAGAGUUAUGCGUCAGAGUUACUAUACCGUAACUAGCUGCAGUAACUAGACAAUUCUUGUGUGUUUCUGUAUCUUGCCUUGGACCACGCCUGAGUA